AUGCGUAUUCUUGGUUUGGAGGAAAAAAUUAACGAUCUCAAGAUUAUCCAUAUUGCUGGAACAAAAGGAAAGGGUUCAACUUGCACAUUCUGUGAAGCUAUUUUACGGGAGUGUGGCUUUCAAACUGGACUUUUUACCUCCCCUCAUCUCAUUGAUGUUAGAGAAAGAAUUCGUAUCAAUGGGUUGGAUAUAUCUGAAGAUAAAUUUUUACUGUAUUUUUGGGAAUGUUGGAAUCUAUUGAAGGAUAACCUUAUAGAUGGCCUGCCUAUGCCUCCACUUUUUCAGUUUCUCACCGUAUUGGCAUUUAAAGUUUUCAUCAGUGAACAGGUAGAUGUUGCCAUCAUUGAAGUUGGUCUUGGGGGAAAAAGGGACUCCACAAAUGUGAUUAAAGAACCUGUUGUCUGUGGAAUUUCUUCGCUGGGGAUGGAUCACACGGAGUCAUUGGGGAAUACAAUUGGACAAAUUGCAUCACACAAGGCUGGAAUUUUCAAGCCUGAAGUCCCUGGAUUUACAGUACCUCAGCUUUCUGAAGCAAUUGAUGUUAUUCAGCAGAGGGCCCAUGAACUGAUGGUAAGUUCGAUUUUAUCAGAUGAAAAAAGUAUGGAGCAUGUUAGACGAAACGGUUAUGCCCUAAACAGAAAGGAGAGCACCAAAGAGUCUGACAAAAUACUGAAACAGGUUCUUUUAUUCAAUUGCAUGGAUGUCAGAGAUCCUCAAAUACUACUCCGGCAGCUUGUCAAUACUUGUGCUUCUUCAGGCACACAUUUCUCGAAAGCUCUUUUUGCCCCAACGAUGUCAACAUAUAACAAGGUUACUUCAGCUACAAUCAUUCCUUCAGAUAUUUAUAGUAGGGAUUUGACAUGGCAAUUUAGGCUUCAAACAAUAUGGGAGAGGACAAUCCAUGGGGCGGAUAUUGCACUUGACAUCAAGACUUACCAGAUUGAUAGUAUAGAGAUCUUACCACCACAUGAUUUUCUUUAUUGGAAUACUUCCAAUUGCAAUCCUUCAGAUAAAUUUUUCGCUUGCAGCACCAUAAUUCCUUCAUUGCCACUGGCAAUAAAAUGGUUGAGAGAUUGUGUGAGAGAAAAUCCUUCUUUACAACUUCAGGUAAUCGAGUAACUACUAACACUUCGAGUAUCCUUUCUUUUUCCAACUUAAAUAAAUGCAGUUGACAAUGAACAUGUGGCAAGUUUGAUAUUUUCUGCGAUUUAUUUAUAUUUUGAUAUUUCUACCAUUUAUUUAUUUAUUGAUUAUAAAAAAUACAUGCAUAUGAUUUCGGAAAACGAAAC